UGUUGCCUCAUUCCAAAAGAUGGCGGCGCCCACGCAAGCAGUUGUCCGACGUGCACGAGGAAUUCUUUUGCAGAGUGUGAAGAACACUACUGCUGCUCGUUCUAAAACAAGCGUGGAGUAUGACGUUGGAGCUCGUCUUGAAACAAGGGCCUCAUCAACCAAGUCUACCAGUGGGACUUUACUUUGCCCGUCCUGUGGAUCAAACCGUGAUGCCCAGCAAACAAGGACAUUCUUUGGGUUGUUUAAAAAUAGACGCUCAGCUCAGCCUGCACCAGUUGUGGAAGACGAGCUUCCGUAUAAAGUUGUCCGGCUGGGGAAUGUAAGUGCAAGACGCAGCGUGCCCAAGGACAUCAUGAAACCAGAAUAUGCACUCACUGGUGUGGCCUCGGCAAUUUACCACUUGCCAAUUCUGCUACAGGACGAUGAGAUGGAGAAAAUGAGAGAGGCAGGGAAGAUGGCGAGAAAGAUACUGGACAUUGGCGCAUCACAUGUGAAGCCCGGUGUAACGACUGAUCGCAUUGAUGAAGCGAUUCAUGCUGCCUGUUUGGAAAACAACGUCUAUCCGUCCACUCUCAACUACAAGGGCUACCCCAAGUCAGUCUGUACCUCAGUCAAUAAUGUGAUGGUCCAUGGAAUCCCUGAUGACAGAGCUCUUGAAGAAGGAGAUAUGAUAAACAUUGAUUUCACAGUUUUUAUGAAUGGUUACCACGGUGAUGUGUCAGAGACCUAUGCUGUCGGCACAGUGGAUGAAGCCGGGUUACGUCUCAUUCAGACAGCGCGACGGUGCCGAGAUGAGGCAAUCAAAGUAUGUGAACCAGUGGCGCUCAUUGCCAGAAUUGGAGGCACAGUUCAGAAAGUGGCCCAACAAGCUGGGUUCUAUGUCUGUCCUUCCUUCGUUGGCCAUGGCAUCGGAAAACAGUUUCACUGUAAACCUGAUAUUUGGCAUUAUGCUAACGCCUAUCCAGAGAAAAUGAUGCCAGGUAUGGCCUUCACCAUUGAGCCUGUUGUCAUGGAAACACCAGACUCUUUCAUCAUGGCCGAUGAUGGCUGGACCGUUUUGGCCAAAAGACACACGAGGUCCGCACAGUUUGAACACACAAUCUUGAUCACAGACAAUGGAGUGGAGGUUCCAACGGCAUCUUCCGAUGAGAAUUUUGAAAGGGAGAUCCGAUCUGAGGAGGAAGGAAAUGACAGCUCUUCCUUAUCCGAUCUGCAUCAGAUUGAAUCACCAUCCACAGAGGGGGACCAGACUGCUACUGGAAGAGCCAAGAACUUAAGAAAGGCUGAUUGGAAGUUUGACUGAGGGGCACGGGAGUCCACUUCAAGGGGCUCAUUUUAAAUACCGGUAGGAGGCUUGAAUAUUCAUGUGUUAAAAGCAAUGAAAGUAUUUGUCAUCUAACUUUUCAGGGAUUUUCACAGUUGAACCUACUUAAUGACUAUGGAUUACAGGCUUCUUUAGGAUUAUCUUCCAUGUAUAAUCCGAUGAUCGUGAUCAACAUGAUAUGCUCAGAUCUUCAGUCUUUAGGUGUGCAAAGAUAAAUAUAAAUUCAUGUUUUUAUGGACACGGACGAUCUUGUUAGCUGUCAAGAGCUGCAUGAACAAUUUUUUUUGUGGCAUUGUGAUUUUGCAAAUUAUGUCAGUGAAGGUUAGGUUGGUAUAAUGCAACGCUGCACAAAAUCUACCGUAUCGGUAAGAUUUUAUGCCUCUACUGUCUAGCAUACUCCUAUAAAAAGGAAAAGCCUGACGGAUUUAUAUCAUGAAAAUGUCAUUGUACAGUUGUGAACGACACCUGCUAUGUCUGGUUAAUGCUAAAUAAAAAAAACAGAUCCACCGAAGGUAAUUCUUAUCUUAAAACAUUGUAAACACUGAAUUUCGACUGAAAAUCAGGAUUAUAUGUUGAUUUCAUUCUACAUAUAUAGUCAUUUAAUACUUGAGAUUUUGAAAGUGCAUGUUUAGGACAUUUUUCCCUAUGAACAAGAUAGACAUAGCUUAAACCGACACUGAGGCCUUAUCUUUAUUGAAUAGGGAAACCGUGCUUCACAGAUCUCCCCAUAAUCCUUUUAUACCCACAAUAAACCUAAGUAUUUGUAACUACUGGCGCCACUUGGGCGUAAAAGCUUUUCGACUUACCCAUGUCUUGUACUUGUGGCAACUUCUUGAAAACUGCGUCUAUAAAUUCAAAUAAACCCCCAGAAUUCUGUAAUCCUA